AUGAACUUCGACAAAUUCGGCUUCGGCAAGUUUAAUCUACUAUCCAACUACCUGCCUGCGGAGGCAGACUGGGGCAUCGAGGAGCCCAUCGUGCCUCCUAGACCUCGGUUUAACUCCACAUCCACAUCCGAGUAUAGUCAUUCCCGUCGACUUAGAGAAUAUUCCGUCAGAACUCCAUCAUUUGCAACAUCAUCGUACUGUGCUAGCGCUGCGGCGCAUAAGGCGCUUCCUUCGACGACGGAGAGCUUUCAUAAGUUCAUCAAGAAGUACUUGAGCUUGGAACAUAAGGGUACAGCCAUUGUGGAGCGGUUCAAGUAUAACUUGGUGGUUUCGAAUCUUCUCGAUGCGUCAAUGGUGCUUUCCAAGAACGAACAGGCCCUUAAUAACCUUGUCCAGAUUAGAAACGAGGUGGACUCGACGUUGCAUGUUAAAUUGGCCAAAGAGUUCUCUUUUGACGGAACUACCCUUGAGGUCAUCAACAAGCAGUACAGGCUUUCCUUUCCCUCAGAAUACAGCAAUCCGCUUCUCCUUCUCAAUAUCAUAUCUUUGAUUAUCUUUUUGUUGAAGCAGAACUUCCACAUCAGAUCGCAUGUUCCUUAUGCUGGAAGAAUAACCAUGUUCAAGAUAUUGCUCAUUAUGGCCACCAGAAUUGUCAAGUGUAAACGAGCAAAGACUACGCUUACGGCGUCGAGGAGUUUGCGUAGCUUGGAUGAUUUUAUGAUCUCCAAUUGCAGGGUUAACAAAGCCUUGAUCACCAGCAUGAUCUCAUUGAAAGAGUUCGAGAUGUUUGCCUUUAUGAACAAGACUUCAAACACCGAUUCAGCUACAAAAUACUCCGAUGAGUUGAAAAACCACCUCAAUAUGCUCUUGACAUGUCUUUCCCUUAAUAUCCGUCAUUCAGUGAGCACCUUAUUGCCAAUGUGCAAUGGCCUGCUUUUGGAGCAGUACUGUGAAAUCAACAAUGUUCAGAUGACCCAUGUUUUUGAAGAGAUUGUUGAUCACCCCGAGGAACAGCAUACGUUGGAGAGUCUAAAGGAAAAGCUCAAUGCUUUUAAUAAUCUCAGACGUUUUUUCAUUUGUCAGCUUUUAACUAUUCAUGAUUCUCCUCAACGCAACUUCUUUAUGCUUAAGCUUUAUGAUGCUUUCCAUAUUGAUGAUGCAGAGGUCUUCCAACUAAACAUUACUGAUAGACUUACCAAGUUGGAGCACAUAUUCGAAAACCAUACGAAAACCCUCGACCAACUUCUCGCAUUAAACGAGAAAUUCAAAUUGUUGAAGAAAUCGGCCCCGUCUACUGACUAUGCAAAUGAUGAUGUCCUUUCUCGAGCUAAAGCGCCCGUUGAACGCAGAGAUGAUGAGCUCUUCUUAAUGGAUUCUGAACUCAAUCUUCGAAACUUGAUAAAUAAAUUGUCCAGUGUCACGACAAGUUUGCUGUACUUCAAGAAGUACAGUCAGUCGAUUUCUGACGUCAAUGAUUCUGAGGAAUACGAAGAGAAAAUGUCCAUAUUUUCACUGUUCCAAAGUGAGCUCAGGGGCUGCUUGGACUUAUACAACAUUUGUAAGAGUGAUUAUGAGGGUGAUUAUUCCCGCAAGUUUAGACCUCCGUCGCAAACAUCAAGUGCUUCAACGUCUCAGCGUAACUCGCUUAACAGCAACGAGCAAUUCAAUCCAAAAUCUUUCCAAACAGGUUCUUCUGGCUCGAUGAAGAAGCGCUAUUCUUUGCCAUCAAAUGGUGAAGGCCCUCGGUCCGAAUAUAAAUCGGGUUCCACAAAAAAUGGCUCUCUGGAUAAGAGGUAUAAACGACUCUCGACCGGAUUGCAGCUUGGCUUACUUACAGUGUUCGAGGAGCCCACCAAGAAGGAUGAUAUCGCUUCCGAGCCUUCUAAUAAAGACGAAGUGAAGAGUAAUGAUCUUGUUUCUCCUAGGGGCAGCUACGCUAACACUUCUCCCCCUUCGAACUAUGACAAUUUCAACCAGGCAGCACUAGAUGCGCUUACACGACGAAAGACAAAUCGACAUUCCGUAGGGAGGUUCUCUGUGAACUCUCUUAAUUCAAACAUAUCCGGAAUCACAGAUUUAAUUGCAUCAACCCAGGGGACAGGGGACGAAGAUGAAGGUGAAAUUUCCAAAGCAAGUCUACUAAGUGGACCUAUGCCGCCAGGAAUAUCCAAGGAGGAGCUAAAGAAGAAGCUAGAAGAGAGCUUUACCCGAAUAUACAGCUUGGAAAGCGAAAAUAACGAACUAAAGAAAAGUCUGCUCGACGCUCCUGGUGAGCGAAGUGAUACAGAUGACUUUCUAGAACUGGAUAGCAUGUCUAAGCGAACGGUGGAUCCAUCUUUCAUGGCUAAUUUGGAGAAAACCUUGAACCAGAAUGCCACCGCAAGCUAG